CAGUGCACACUGCAGGAUCCAGAGAGGGUUUCAGGAGCUCUGAUCAAUGUGGCAAAGCACCUGGACAACCUGAAGUUCAGAGUCUGGGAGAAGAUGCAGGAGACUGUUCAGCACACCAGCCAGCUGCGUGAGCAGUCUCUCCUGCUGGAGAAGGGAUUCCAGGAGAAGGCCGACAGGUUGCAGCAGCAGAUGGAGGCAGAGCACAGGGCGGAGGUGCAGGAAGCACAGCGCAGGAUUGAGAAGAUGGAGCUUCGCCAGAUGGAGCUUCGCCAGAUGAAGCUUCGCCAGAUGGAGGCAGAGCGCAGGGCGGAGGCGCAAGAGGCAGAGCGCAGGAUGGAGGGGCUGGAGCGUCGCCAGAUGAAGGCCAUGCAGCAGCAGAGAGAGCAUACUCAGGCCCUCAAGCUGCAGCAGAUGGAGGCAGAGCGCAGGGCUGAGGCGCAGGAGGCAGAGCGCAAGGUUGAGGAGCUGAAGCGUCGCCAGGUGGAGGCGGAGGCGCGAGAGGCACAGCGCCAGGUGGAGGAGCAGAAGCGUCGAAAUGAAGCAAAAUUGGAGGCACUGAAGAAAAGGGGUUUUUUAGAUAGGGUUUUUAAUACAGAUUAAAUUGUUAAAGUAACUGGUGUGUAGACAACAAAUCAUGUGUUGUAUGACUAUAGAAAUGUUCUUAAUGUCCUUGGUUCUUAAUUAACUCACUGUACUGGCAUGUGUGUGUGCAGAGAGGGUGUAAUGAUACAAUGAUGCAAUGAUAUUAUGAUACGGUGCAAGGUAUAAAGGUGUGUGUGUGUGUGAGAGAGAGAGACAACUGAUUGUGUCUUGGGUGCACAUACAUUGUUUCUGUAUCCUAAUUGCUUGAUGAGACCUACUAAUGAGGAAGACAAAACCUUAUUUCAGACUCUCAGACUCUCAGUAUAUAUAGAUCUUUAAGCUAAAGGUUAGGUUUAAUUCAAAAGUGUUUCAAUCAUCCCAGUUGUUCCUCAUUGUAUCUCCUCUUGAGAAAUAGCUUUUAAACAGUUGUCUGUUAAAGGGACACUUUAACUCUGAUUUUGAGAGGAUGGAAUGUCUGUGAUAAAUCAUGAGACAUCUGAGGGAGUCAGUGGUAAUCGUUGUGUUCAGUCACGACCAUAAGCAUCAUGUGUGUUUGGGUGACAGA